CCAGAGGACUGUCACUCACUUCUCUCGCCCACCGCCCAUCCAGUGCCCGCCCUCUGAUGCGACGGCUGCUGGCCACACUGUGUGGUGGCUGCAACCUGUCUGUAUCGCCGUAGCGCGCACGGCCGAGGUGCGACUGCAGCCGCUCUCGCCCCUCGCCACCCGCACUGCCAUGCCGGGCCUCGCCGCCUUCUCCCCGCGCUACGCCUGCUCUCUCCCGCGCACAUCUUCCCCCCCCGCCUCUCUCCCCUCACCCCCCCCACCGCGCCUGCACGCGCCCCUGGCUUGCGUGCCGCGCUGCCCGCGCCUAUCCGUCGCCUCCACGCCUCUUCCCUCCGACGCCUUCCUCCGUGCCGCGUCAUCCGCCCACGCCCCCCUGCCUGCGCUGCGUCCCCAACACGACGCGCCUCACCGCCGCCACCUUCCUCGCGCUCGUCUCUCGCGCACGUCCCUCGCGCGCUGCUCGACGCCCGCCGAGUCGGUAUUCGUCGGCUUCCGCCUGCCUCGUCCGCACAUCCGCCUUGCCGCUCCGCGCCUGCAACGGCGGGCAGCGGCGGUGUGCGCGGCGGCAGGGGACGAAUUGCGCGAGCCAUGGAGCUGCUCUGGCGAGGGCGCGCGGAGGGAUGGGGACGCGGCGGUGGGGGAGGGCGGAGUGACUGGCGGAGCAGCCACAGCGGGAGAGGGCACAACAGCGGGCGGACAAGCUAGCGGCGGGCGCUCGUGGGGAGAGUCGGAGGGGCGCGAGAGCCCGUUUAAACGGCAGCAGGCGGAGGCGGACCGCCUGUCAGAGGACUUGCGCCCGUGGGCGGACGACGGGGAGACGUGCGCAGGCGGUGGCGAGGAGCAACGAGACGAGGGGCAACGAGACGAGGGACAACGAGACACGGGCGGUGGCGGCAGCAGCAGGGAGGCGGAGGGAGAAGCGGGAGGCAGGGGCGGCAGAAGCAGGGAGCGCGGCAGCAGGGGCGGCGGGGGCAGCAGCAGCAGGGCGGACAACAGGGGCGUGGUGCGGAGUCCGCUUGAGGCGCAGCAGCAGGGCCUCGCGUCGUUCUUCCGCGCAAGGCGGUCGGCGCUAGCGCGCAGGGGGAAGGGCGCAGGCAGGGUGGGCGGCAGCAACAGUGCAGGCGGCAGCUGGGCAGUGCGGGGUCGGGGGAAUGCAAGCAGCGCACAAGAGGCGAGGGGGAGAGCAGAGGGGGGGGGAGAGCGAGCGCGCAGAAGGGGGAAGAGCGAGGCCGAAAGAGGGUGGAGCGAAGGGAGGAGCGCGGGCCGUGGAGGCAUGGAGAGGGCUGUCUUGGCUGUCUUGGCUGUGACGGGCGCACAAGGUGGGGCGUGGAUGGAGAGGGAGGGAGAUGUGGUGGAGACUGGCGUGGCUGGCACAGGUGGCACACGAGUUGGCACUGCCUCUAACGGCAACAUGCCCCAGAAUGGUGCUGUUGGUGCUAACGGCAGUGCAGCAUUAAACAGUGGUGACAUUGGCAGUGGUGUUACAGGUGGUAACAUCUGUGAUUCGAGUAAUGGCAGCACAGUCAGCAAUGGUAGUGUGGGCGGCGGUGGCAGUGGUGAAGGAGGGGUGCAGCGUGGUCUGGGCUCUGCUCACAGCAUCAGUGGGGGAAGCAGUAGAGAGGGGGCAGGCGAGAAGGGGGGGGGGGGGAGGAGGAGGAGGAGGAGGAGGAGGAGGAGGAGGAGGAGGAGGAGGAGGAGGAGGAGGAGGAGGAGGAGGAGGAGGAGGAGGGGGAGGGGGGGGAGGGGUACGUGGGGGGCGACAUGUGUGCGUCGGCAACGGGGGUGGUGCGCGUGCAGUCGCGGCGCAAGGCGGAGCUGUACCUCGUGCGCACGGACGGCGUCAGCUGCACGCGCGAGCACGUGGACCACGCCACGCUGGCCUUCUCGCACCCGUCCACGCAGCAGCAGAUGCUGCUGUGGCGCUCGCCCCCGCGCACCGUGCUGCUGCUCAAGAAGCUCGGCUGCGAGCUCAUGGGGCAGACCAUGCAGUGGGCGGCAGGUGGCGGAGUAUCUGUACCGGGAGGAGGGUGUGAGCGUGGUGGUGGAGCCCGAGGUGCACGAUGUGCUGGCGCGCAUGCCAGGCUUCGGAUUCGUUCACACCUUCUACCCCCACGACGCCAGGAAGCUGCACGAGCUGGUGGAUCUGGUGGUGUGUCUGGGGGGGGACGGCGUUGUGCUGCAUGCCUCCACCAUCUUCCCUGCCUCCGUGCCGCCUCUCCUCUCCUUCAACCUCGGCUCCCUCGGCUUCCUCGCCUCCCACCCUUACGAGCAGCACCACGAGGACCUGCACGCCGUGAUGCGCGGGCGGCGGGCGGCGGGGGCGGGCGUGUACGUGACGCUGCGCAUGCGGCUGCACUGCGAGGUGGUGCGCGCGGGCAGGGCGGGGGCGGGGCGCGCGUAUGAGGUGGUGAACGAGGUGGUGGUGGAGCGCGGGCCCAACCCGUACCUGUGCAAGAUAGAGUGCUACGAGCGCAACCGCCUCAUCACCAAGGUGCAAGCGGACGGGGUGAUCGUGGCCACACCAACGGGGAGCACUGCCUACUCCACCGCUGCUGGCGGCUCCAUGGUGCAUCCGAACGUGCCCUGCAUUAUCUUCACUCCUAUCUGCCCUCACUCUCUCUCCUUCCGCCCCAUCAUUCUGCCCGACUCAGCUGUGCUUGAGUUAAAGGUACCGGACGAUGCGCGCAGCAGCUGCUGGGUGUCGUUUGACGGCAAGAAGAGGCAGCAGCUGCUGCGGGGGGACUCGGUGCGCAUUGCGAUGAGCGCCUUCCCCAUGCCCACCAUCAACAAGGCCGACCAGACCGACGACUGGUUCGACAGCCUUGUCCGCUGCCUCAACUGGAAUGAACGCCUCGAACAAAAAUCUCUAGACACUAGGUUUUAACCUUUGAGCCCUGAUGCUGGUAGUCUCAAAGAUCGAAACGAUUGAAUAAGGGUGUGGAUCUUAGGGCAAAUUCAUAUGACCUCGUGUCAGACCACCUCAUGUCAGAGUCAUGUAGUCCAACGUGGUGCACAGGCUCAAUUUCGCAAUUCCA